AUGGCUUGGAAUCGUUCACCCUGCCACCGGAAGCUCACCCCAUUCAUUCCUGCUUUGAAGUUUUAUCCAGCCUCUGGGCGCUCAAAGAUGGGCAUUGCGCACGGCGGCAACAGCAUCUCACUCGACAAGAAGAAGAAGAAGAAGAAGAAGAAGAAGAAGAAGAAGAAGAAGAAGAAGAAGAAGAUCGUUAUGGUUACUAUGUUCGGUAUUGGUAUAUUGUUGGUGUUUCCACCUCGCGAGUGGAAGCUUGUGCGAUGA